GUUGAGCUCAGUCGUGUCUGGAGUUCUGAAUAAAGAACAUCUCUCCUCAGCAGGAAAAGAGUUGGUGGUUUGUUAGUGAAGAAAAAAAAAAGUGUUGUGGGAGUGAGAAUAAAAUGAUUGGUGAAGUAUCUCGUGAAGUGGAGGCUCACAAUGCCAAUUCCGUGCAAGAUGAUGAUGUUAAGAAGCUCGAUGAGCUUGAUAAAUCAGCCAAGGAAAUUGGCACAGAUUUCAACUAUACGCAUAAAAUUAAGUGGAUGAAUGUAACGUUAUAUAUUGUGUACCACAUCACAGCCUUUAUUGGUCUCUACCUGUUUUUCGCCCUUCAAGUGCAUCCCCUAACAAUGAUUCACUCCGCGCUUCUUGUUCCAAUUUGUGGCUUUGGAGGAUCAAUUGGGGCUCACAGGUACUACACCCAUCGGGCAUUCAAAGCAACCGCCCUUAUGCGGGGGAUCCUUCUGAUGCUCUUCACGAUGAGCGGGCAGAAUACAAUGUGGGCCUGGGUGAGGAAUCAUCGGCAGCAUCAUAAGUACUGCGACACCGAUGCUGAUCCCCACAAUGCAAGAAGGGGGUUAUUCUUCUCCCACAUGGGGUGGUUUUUAACCCAAAAACAUCCCACUGUAAUUAAAUAUGGCCGACAAAUCGAUAUGAGGGACUUAGAUGCGGAUCCUUUGGUUAAAUUCCAGAGCAAAUACUUUGCACAACUCUACAUUUUAUUGGCCAUCGUGGUCCCGUGCAGUACCCAAAUCUACCUGUGGAAUGAGGAUCCCCUGAAAUCCUUCCUGGUCGGCUACGUGGCAAGGACAUGCGUUGCACUUAAUCUAAUGUGUUCCAUCAAUAGUUUUGCCCAUGCUUUCGGUGCAAAGCCCUACGAUAAGUCCAUCCUUCCGGGAGAGAAUAAAUUCAUCAGCUUCUUCACAAUGGGCGAAGCAUGGCACAACUACCAUCAUGCCUUCCCAUGGGACUACAGGACUUCAGAGCUCGGGAUGCCCUUCACCCUGUCCACCACGAUGAUUGAUUUAUGCGUCAAAUUGGGUUUAAUUUACGAUCUCAAAGUGGCCAGUGAGGAUUCCAUCAAGAAGCGCAUCCUCAAGACGGGAGAUAAAUCUCAUGAGAAGUAUGCGGAAGUAGCUCGUAAUAUUUCUGUUUCGCACUAAAAAGGAAUUUAAGUUAGAAUGAAGUUAAAGGAUAAAAGGAUAAAGGGAUGAUUCAAGAAUUAAGAAAAAAAACUCUACAGGAGAAAAUUGUCCAAAAUACUAAAAUUAUGAUAAAGAAAAAUCUCAAAACUGAUAUAAUCAAUUUUUAAAACCUUUGACCAUUUAACCCUUUAACCCUUUUGAGUUUGAAUUAAUGUAGAACUAUGUCUUGAUAGUAUAUCUUGAACAGGUUGAGAUUACAAAAAUAUAUCCCUAAAAGGAUUCAGACAACUAGGAAGGACAAAAAGCCUAAAAUUCAAAGUCGAGAUUUUUUGCCAAAACUGUCUUUAGCUCAAAGGAAUAUCCUAAAAUUAUUUUUUCAUCUUUUGGUGCACUGAAUUCCUUACAAUCCUUAAGGAGUUAAAGGCCGUAAUUUUUAGAACGAAAUGAAUUUAAUGAAAUUAAGAAUGUUUUUUGAGUUACUUUCAGAUAAAAUUAAUUAUUUUGGCCAAAAAUUCAAUAUUUUGUAAUUUUUCAUUUUUCCUUCUUUUUUUUAUCUCUAGGAGUGUUAUAGGUCUCAUAAGAUAUGCUUAUUUGACCUAAAAAUGUUUACAUAAUAUUAAGGCAUGGUUCCGAAGUGAUUACGGUCAAAAAAAAUAUAACUUUUAAAAAUUAAUAACUUUCUAAAAACAAAAGGAAAAUUUUGUGUAUUGAAAGUGUUCCAAUAAUCCUUAAAGGGGUUAAACAAAAAAACUUCAAGCUCUCAUAAUAAAUUGGAUUAUAUUUUUCAAUUCUAAGAAGAUUUUGUAUUAUUUAGUGGGGUAUUUUUAAAUGUUUAAUUCUAUGAAGGAUGGAUCACAAAAAAGUAUUUUUUUUUUAAUAUAAAUUUCAUCUUAAAAUUUGCACUUUAAAAAAGAUCAUUAAAAAUUAAUCGUAAUGAUUGAAACGCAUUUAAUUAGGAAGCUACUAAAGAAAUUCUACUACACACAUUAUGACUUUUUUGUUUUGCUAUUUUUAAUGUAAAAAAUUAAGAUCUUAAUUAAUCGUUCUAAGAAACUCUAAACUUUUUUUUUUGAAACUCAUAAAAUUUUAAUUAACAAAAGUUUGUGAAAUUAUUGGCGCCAUUUGGCAUAUGAAAUUCCUCUUUUCCUGUAAAAAAAUAUAUUUUAAGAGAAAUAUUUCUGCAAAUAAACAACUAUGGCUGACCUUAAUUCUAAGCAUAACAAACAUAAAAGGUUAUACCAUAUAAAUCUGCAAUAAUUUGCAUAUGAAUGUUAAGACAAAAGUGAUUUGAAGAUUUGAAGAAAAAAAAUUUCAAUUGUUUAAAA